AUGAAGCGGAUAUUCGGCUCCUCCAAGAAAGAACCACCGCCGGAUCUGAAUGCCGCGAUCGCCAACAUUGAAUCAAGAGGCGAGAGUAUCGAGAAGAAAAUCGCAAAACUCGAUGGCGAUUUGAUGAAACUGCGUGAUCAAAUGUCCAAAAUGCGCGAGGGACCCAGCAAAAAUCUUAUCAAACAGAAAGCUUUACGGUUUUUUUUAUUUUACAGAAAAUAUUGAAAAAAAAGUUAUUAUUCCAGAAUUCUCAAGCAAAAGCGCAUGUACGAAACGCAAAAAGGUCAACUGGAUCAACAAGCCUUCAACGUGGAUCAGAGCAAUUUCGCCAUUCAAGGAAUGAAAGAUAAUCAGGUUUGUCGGCUUUUUGAAAAUAUAAAAAUAAACUGAUAAAUUUCAGGUAACUGUAGCUGCGAUGAAAGACGGACUGCGUACCAUGCAGAAAGAAUACAAAAAGAUGGAUAUUGGAAAGGUAAAAAGGAUAUAAAUUGUAAUUUGGGAAUGAUUUGGUUCAGAUCGAAGACUUGCAAGAUCAAAUGGAGGAUAUGCUCGAUUUGAACAAUGAGAUCCAGGAGGCGAUGAGUCGGCAGUACGACACUCCUGACGUACGUUUCAUGCAGUAUAUUAAUGAAAAUAUUGGAAAGAUGUGUGUUCGAUGCGGAUUUUAAAAACUAAAUGGGAAUUAGUCAAAAGGUACUUCAUAUCUUUCGAUUACAUAUCAGUUAAGAUUUAAUUUAUCACUUGCCUCAUUUUGGAGAUAUCGAGUCUCUGAAUCGGUCAGCCAGUACAAAAAUGCGUUGCUUUGAACUUUGAUGCUAACUUUCAAGCGCUAUUCAUCCAAAAUCAUGCCGAAAUCUGUAAUUCGGGCCGUCUAAGGAAAAUUUUAACAAAGUUUCGCCAAAUCCACAACCUUUUACCCUUUUCUCCAUUCUUCUGAGCUUUACUUCAUAGAUUUGAAUGUCAACUAUUACGUUAAAUUCAGUUUUUUUUUCAGAUCGACGAAGCCGAUUUGGAAGCCGAACUGGCGAUGCUUGGAGACGAGCUGGACCUCGGCGAGACCGACACCAACUACCUGGAUGAAGCCCUGGCGGCUCCUGGGGUUCCAACUUCUAAACCGAAAACUGCCACAAGAGUCAGUUCAUUUUGAUUUUACUACUCAGGGUGGAACAUUUUCUUGUCUGAGAAAAAUCAUGUGUAGGUUACUUGAAGUUUUAGAAUCUGUCAACUGUUCUUUCAAAAAAGAGUUUUAUUGCGUGUUCCAAGUAAAAAAGCAAAAAUAUGAUUAUCUCUGAUUCUCCAGUAUUCAGAUCUUUUUCACUAUCGGACGGCUAUUUUAAAUUUGGCGGCAUCACUUUGAGAACGGAAAAGCAUUAUAACAUAGUAAUAAAAUAAUAAAAUACUUUUUAAAAACCAAUUUUUUUAGGGGUUUGACAGAAAAAAACUUAAAAAAAUAAUUCCAGGUUGCUGACGGUCUCGAAGUUGACGAAUUCGGUCUGCCCAAGAUUCCCGCCUAA